AUGGCCUCGCAGGGUCGCGUCCGCACCAAGACCACCAAGCGCGCCGCUCGCGUUCUGAUUGAGAAGUACUACCCCCGUCUCAACGCGGUGGACUUCCACACCAACAAGAAGGUGAUCGACGAGGUGGCCAUUGUGCCCUCGAAGCGCCUCCGCAACAAGAUUGCGGGCUUCACCACCCACCUGAUGCGCCGCAUCCAGCGUGGUCCGGUCCGUGGUAUCUCGUUCAAGCUUCAGGAAGAGGAGCGUGAGCGCAAGGACCAAUACGUGCCCGAGGUGUCGGCUCUGGACUCGUCGGUCAACCCGAUCGAAGUCGACCCCGACACGGAGGAGAUGCUCCACAACCUGGGCUUCGACAACCUGCCUGUUACUGUCACUGCCCCUAUCACUUCCCAGCAACUUCCGGAGCGCAAGGGUCGCUACGUGCCCGGUGCCGGUCGCCGUUAA